AGUCUAUCAAAAGUCUUUCUUGAUCUCACCAACAAUCGUCUAGUAGACCGCAUCACUAGACAUGAAAACUAGUAUCAGAGAAACUGAAAAAGUUUCUUUAGUUUACUGAAUCAGCUCAAUAAUCUAACUCAGCAGAAGGAAGCAAUGCGGAAUAUUAACGACCUUCCAGUAGAGGUACUGGAAAAUAUUUUUAUAUUUCUUCCGUUUCGGCAACUCAAACUCGCAUCCAUCGUAUGCUCACUUUGGCAUCGAACGAUAUUUUCACGAGCUAACUUGCAAAAUGUCGUACUAGUUCUAAUGACACAUAAGAUAGUAAAUCUACCGAUCACGAAAAUAGAAACCAGUGAACGUAGCUAUCGCAGUGCCAGACUAAUUUUUGAUAAUCUAGAAGUUGAUCGACAGUUAGUGUUAUAUUUCCUGAAAAUUCUUCAAAAAUUCAGCAACUCUCUGGAGCGUUUGGAAGUUUCGUGGAAAAUUUACGAUAAGCCACUGGAUUUGAUUAUAUUGGAAGAAAUUUCGAAAUCGAUUCCACAACUCAAACAACUUACUGUAUUUGAUCAAGAAACCAGUGGCUGUGAUAUAGAUCCCAACGAGCUACUCGGAAUAGCACCAAUGAAGUUCUUGGAAAAAGUUCGUCUUCCUCGCAUCGUCAUGGAUGCCUCGGGCUUCAAUUUGGUCCAAUUUGCUCCGAACGUCAAAAACAUAAAUGUGGUUUUUGGUAAAAAGCAUCCAUGGGAUGCGAUUGGUGCUUUACGAGAGCAACUAGUUACAGUGUGCAUCAAAACGGAAACCACAGCAAACUUUGGACACUUUUGGUCGAUAAAACCUCCGAAACUGCAAAAAUUAAGACUGAUUCGACAUCAUUGUGAUCUCGUUGAACCGAAUGACGUCGAAGUGGAUAGCGUUAGAGCUUUUUUCCUCUUCUGCCCGGUACUAACUGUUCUCAAGCUGGAUUUGAGAGUUCCACUGGAAGUUCUUCAGGUCAUUGUCGACAGUUGCCCCCAACUUGAGUCGCUACUGCUAUGCAGUAUCGAUGGUGGUUGGCAGGUGCUGUCGAUUUUGAGUAAUUUAAAAUACUUGCAGAAUCUUUCAAUGAUAGCAGCAACUUUUCAUCCUUAUGAGUCUACCAAACUAAUAUCGCCUCUACCAGCGCUGCGGCACUUAACGUUAUGUGCGUCAGAUUUCCUAGACGUUUCUCAAUUCUUCGUGCAGCUGAACCUGACAGUUCCAAUCUUAUCAACACUGCAACUUAUCCACUACAGUCAAAUAUGCGAUGAGGAGUUGAACAUCAGGACGCUGGAAUCGUUAUUUCUGAGUAAAAUGCCAAUGCUGAAGAAACUGGUUCUGUUCGAUUUUUGCUGUGUAUUUCCUUCACACCUCGUUAAUCAGCUCAAUCUGUUUCCACGACUAAACGAACUUUGGUUAACUAGUAAAGGACUUUCUCCGCAUUUCGAAUCAGCGUUGGUACCCGGAGUUCGGAGGCUAGCUGUGGAUGCUCCUAUAAACCAAUUCCUGCUUCGUUCCUUGUUGGAAGUUUUCCCAUCAUUAACAAGACUGGACGUGUGCGAAGAAUGUGACUGUCUUGAUGAGCAAAGCCUGAGAUGUGAACUCAAUUUUUGUGAGAAACGGUCUCUAUUAGAGGACCGCGUUCAACUGUGACCAAUUUUCUAAAUUCGCCAAGCACAGUCAUCAGUAGAAAAGAUUCAACAAUUGUGAUUUUAUUGUGAUUAUA